AUGGCUUUCUCCACUAGAAGCUCUCUCUUUUUGUGCUUCACAGCACUUGUUCUUCUCUCCACACAAAUCAAUGCAAGAGAGAGCUUCUUCUUUGGCAAAUUCCACCGAGAAUCCCCCAAAGACCAAAACCCUAACAAUGUCCUCCCACUCGAGACCAGCGAGAAAACCACAGUGGAAGCAUCCUUCCCCAACAAAAAAGAGCAAGAACAAGAAACUACCUUUGUCCCCGAGUCCGAAAACGGCUAUGGCUUAUAUGGUCAUGAGACCACCUACAACAACAACAACAAAGAAGAGUUCAACAACAACAACAACAAGUACGAUGAAAAGUUCAACGGCGAGACUUUCUCAACUCCAAGCUUGAGCGAGACCGAAGAGACUUACAACAACUACGAGGAGAACUACCCGAAGAAGACCGAGAGCUACGACAACAACCGCUACAACAACGAAGAGUUCAACAACAACAAGUACGAUGAAAACGUCAAGGAAGAGUUCAACAACAACAAGUACGAGUCAUUCUCUGAGAACAAUGAAGACAAGAGAGGUAUCUACAACUCCAACGCUUACGGAACGGAGUUAGAGAGUGAAACGCCGUACAAAGGUUACAGCCACAACGCGGAGAGACAAGGCAUGAGUGACACAAGGUUCAUGGAGAAAGGUAACUACUACUACGACCUUUACAACGACAGGAACCACGGCCAUUUCUACAGGAAGCCUCAUCAGAAAAGCCCUGCCGGUUACUAUUCUUCUCAGGCGACCGAGAGUAACUACGACCAGUCGUAUUCCUACGGAAACAACAACAACUACAACAACGAGGAGGAGAAGAGCUUCAAGGAUCCGUACAACUCCAAGUGGGAGAAGAACAUGAUGAACAAACAGCCUGAAGAGUUUGUUGAGGAGCAAGGAGAUCAGUUCAAGCCUUGA